AUGAAGCUUCAGUCAAUGCUCGCGUGUUUGUUGAGCACUGCCAUCGUUGUCUCGGCAAAAGUAUCGACAAUCUGGCUAGCGGGCGAUUCGACGACAGCUCCUGAUGGCGGACACAACGGUACAGAAGGCUGGGGACAGUACCUCAAAUACUCUUUCGGUGACCAAGCGGUUGUGAACAACUCUGCGUAUGCUGGUAGAUCAGCGCGAUCGUUCACCCGCGAAGGUCGCUUCGAUAAGAUCGCGCAAGCACUCCAGCCAGGUGACUGGGUGGUCAUCGAGUUCGGUAUCAACGAUGCUGGUGCGCCUCAGAAUGGGUCAACCAGCACAACCGGUGAUAAAGGCAGGGCAGAUUGUCCUGGCGCAGGAAAUCAGACUUGCACUGUGGUCUUCAACAACGCCACAGAGGUCGUCCAGACCUUCCCAACAUAUGUAAAAGCAACGGCUCGCAAGUUCCUUGACCUGGGAGCAGCGGGUGUGGUUAUUGCUGAGCAGCUGCCGACAAACGUCUGGGAGUCGGGAAACUACUCGUACAGAUCUCCAAUAUUCGCAUACUACAGCCAGCUGGCUACUCUCGAACUCGGUGGCCCAGCUUCCAACGUAUUCUUCGUGCAGCACGGAGGCUAUGCUGCUCAAGCACAAAGGUUGCUCGGGAAGACUGUUGUCGAUGCGAACUAUCCGAUGGACCAUACGCACACGGCUCCGUUCCUGGCAGAUGUGCACAGCCAGGCUUUUGUUCUGGGCUUGAAGUGUGGAACGAGUCCUCUCGCGAACUUGGUUGUCAAUGCUACUGCACGCAUCGAGCAGGCGAGAGGGCCGUGUCUGCCUGCGAACGCCACUCUUCCAAUCUGA